UCAUUCCAGUUCAGUAAAUUUUUUCAAGCAAAUAGCAAGCAAACCAUAAAACCAGAACCACACGACGUUCAAAAAAGUUGUGUUAUUCAUUUCUUAUUUUAUUUUACAUAUUUUUCUACUAAGCCUAAAAAGUAACAUUGGAAUUGAAAUCGUAAUCUAAAGCAACAAACCUCUGACUAAGAACAUAAUCAAACUUAUUUAUCCAGAAGAAAGAUAAACCCUCGAAAAUCUUGUGAAAUGUUUUAAAUGUUUCUGAUAACAAGAACAAAAGAUUCAAAGUGCACAAAAAUUAGCUAGGAAAUCUAAUCACUUGACGGGGGGAAGAAAACGGCAGAACCAAUUUCUCAUAAAGCAUGACAUCUUACGUGAGAACAUUGUACGAGUUCGUUGGUGAACCCGGGACAUCUGAAAUUUCCAUUAAUCCAGGUGACAUUUUGACUGUACUGCGCACAGAUGUCGGCGAAGGCUGGUGGGAAGGUAAGAAUCCCGCCGGUCAAACUGGCCUCUUUCCAGCCGGCUAUGUGGAAGUGAUGUCAGCAACUGAAGUGGCUCAACAAUUCAAUGGAGGUGGAUCAGCAGCUACGGCUCCUGCAGCACCAACACCAGCAGCAGCUUCUCACCAACCACCGCGCUAUGAUCAAACUGCGGAUGAUUUCAACGAAGGUGAUGAUUGGGAAGAUGACUGGGACGAUGACAACGAAACGUAUUCGGAGAUUGGUCCAUCGGCGGGUGGGAAUCACCAGUCCGGCUCAAGCAAACACACUGGCUAUGGCCUAUCGCAUUCCGCUAGUAGUUAUGAUAAUAAAAACUUGCCUGCUGCACCAGCUGAUGAUCUUAUAUCGCUGUCUUCGUCACAUCCAAGUGCUGCAGCUACAACUGUUAAGAAAUCUGGAAUGUUUGCCAAGAGUUCGGAUUCGUAUAUUCUUGGUUUGAGUAACAAAGAGAAGUUGGCAGACUCGGAUAUAGUUUAUGUUACGCAAACGGAUAAUUACUAUCAUUGGCAACCCAAUAAUCAACCGUAUACGGUUCGUGUAGCAAGUCCGAAGAAGGAAACCAAGUUCAAAGGGAUGAAGAGUUUUAUAGCUUAUCAGCUAACACCAAGUUUUAAUAAUAUUUCGGUUUCCCGCCGUUAUAAACACUUCGAUUGGCUGCAUGAACGGUUGGUUGACAAAUUUUGCCUAAUUCCCAUUCCACCGCUUCCCGAUAAGCAAAUUUCCGGACGAUAUGAAGAUCAAUUUGUCGAACAUCGUCGUGUUCAAUUGCAAGAAUUCGUCGAUUGGGUUUGUCGGCAUCCGGUCCUGUCGAAAUGUGAAGUCUGGUAUCAUUUCCUCACAUGCACCGAUGAUAAAAUUUGGAAAUCUGGGAAGCGGCGUGCCGAACGUGACACUUAUGUUGGUGUGACUUACUGCUGGGCGAUAUAUGCCCCAGAGAAGACUCUUCUCACAUCCUUUGUGGACUCACAGUUGGAAAGUUGUGCCAAUUUUUCACAUCUUAUGGACGGUGCUGUGAAGAAUCUAUUGACCAUUGCAUCGGAACAAACGAAACGUAAUCAAAUCCAAUCGAAAAAAGAUUUUCAACGCAUCGGCGACGGGAUGUGCGAUUUGGCUAAGGCUUUGAAUGUUGACGAGAGGCGUAUGGCUCCAGUUGGACAUUCACUGUCGGAGAGUGUUGGACGUGUGGGAGGAUUGUUUAUAAGCAUUGGGCAGAUGUUCGGGGAACAACCGAGAUUGGAUUGGAUUCCUCUCUCAGAUCGACUACAUAUUUACAGAGGAGUGCUUAACAGUUUCCCUGAUAUCCUGUCAACCCACAAAGGUGCAGUUCAAAAGAGAAAAGAUUGUGAGCGUUUAGUAGCCGAUCAGAAGAUGGGAAAUCAUCAAUUGGCCGAAGUAAAUCGACGGGUGGAUGUUAUGUCUUAUGCUGUUAUGGCAGAAAUGACACAUUUCCGCGAGGAACGAGAUAAACACUUAAAGGAAACUCUCAAGGACUUUGUUGAAGAACAAAUUAAAUUUUAUUCCAAUAUUGUAGCUAGGCUACAAGAAGCUCAUCAGCAAUUCUUCUAAAAAGAAAAAAACACCCGCUUUCCGUUUGUUUUUUUUUUCUUUUUUGUUUCAUCUAUUUUUGUGCCUGUGUUUCGUAUUUUAAUAUAAUUUUUUAUUUGUCAAAAUGCACGGGCCUAGCGCAUUAGCAAGUAAACAAUUGUAAUUUUGUCUCGUCAAUACUGUGUCUUUGCUUAAGAAGCAUUUUCUUACGCUUGUCUUCUUCUUGUUUGUUAGAAUCUAUUCUUUAAAAAAAAAACAAAUUCAUUCCCAACUUUUGUUUUCAAAGAGGAAAUUAUUGUCAACGUUUCCUUCAUCAUUUACAACAUAAAAUAUACAUACACAUAAUUUUUAGUGAGCAUAGCUAAAUUUAUUGUUUUUCUUUGUUUCGAAAUCUUUAUAUUGCUUAAAUAAUUUUUAAUCAAAUUUAUACAAAAAUAAUAAUGCUUUGGUUAUAGUAAAACAAUUUAUUUUUAUACCAAUUAUAUUAUUAUUUUUUGAUUUAACAAUUUAUUCAAUAGAAAUUGUUUAUUUUCUUUUUUGUUUGUACAUUUAUUCGUUUUUUAAUAAUAACGCUAAACAAAUAAGCUAUCUCUGCUACAAUUUAUGUAAAACUGAACGUGAUGUUGUUUAGAUUUUUAAGUAUUAUAAUUAAAAAAAUUAAUAUUGAAUGAAAUAUCAGCAAAACAGAAAAUCUAAUAAUAAAGAAAUAUAUAUAUAUUUAUAUACUUUGUAAUGUAAA